GCAUGUGUGCACACUCGCUCACAGUCUCUCUUUCCCUCUGCUCAGACAUUUGUGUUUUGGUGCUAGUUUUUUUUUUGGGGGGGGGAGUGGGGUUUUCUCCUUUCUGAAUGAGUUCAGAUGUAUGUUCUCCCGAUCUCUCUCCUCGCCUCCCUGAGCCGUGAACAGUUGGAGCUGAUCUGGUGAAACCAUGCGUCGUCUGCUGUGCGCUCAUGUGCUGCUCUGCUGCGUCAGUGUGGCCCACUCCUUCUGUCCUUCCCAGUGCACCUGCGUGUAUCACGGACGGAGCGACGGCACAGGCACCAGGUCCGUGCUGUGCAACGAUCCAGACAUGUCUGACAUCCCCGUGAACGUCCCGGUGGACACGGUCAAGCUGCGAGUGGAGAAAACAGGCAUCCGGCGAAUCCCUAGAGAGGCCUUUUACUACCUGACUGACCUCCGGUACCUGUGGAUCACCUACAACUCAGUCUCCGCCGUGGAUUCUGGGAGUUUCUACAACCUGAAGUUUCUCCACGAACUCAGGCUGGACGGUAACGUCAUCUCCACCUUCCCCUGGGAGUCCCUCAAGGAGAUGCCCAUUUUGAGGACGCUGGAUUUACACAACAACAGGCUGACGAACGUGCCGGUCGAGGCAGCCCACUACCUGGUGAACAUUACUUACCUGGAUCUGUCCAGCAACAAGCUGACAACGCUGCCUUCAGACCUCAUGGAUAUCUGGCCUCCGUUUAACGGAGCGACGGUCACCUCCGCCGUGUCCCAGAAGGUGGUGCUUGGGCUCCAGGACAACCCGUGGUUUUGCGACUGCAGGAUCUCCAAGCUGAUCGAGCUCUCGAAAAUGUCGAACACGCCGGUGGUUCUAAUGGACCUCUUCCUGUCCUGCAGUGGACCUGAAGGCCUCGCUGGAGUCUUGUUUCAACGGGCAGAACUGGACCAGUGCCUGAAGCCGUCAGUCAUGAUCUCAGCCAACAAGAUCACAUCCUCCUUGGGCAGCAACGUGUUGCUGCGUUGUGAUGCGACGGGCUACCCCACUCCCAACCUCUUCUGGACCAAGUCAGACGGGUCAUUUGUCGCCAACUCAGUUGUACAAGAGUCACCCGGUGAGGGGGUGCGAUGGUCCAUCAUCAGCCUGCAUGGGAUCUCGUACAAAGAUGCCGGGGAUUACAUCUGCAAGGCCAAGAACGUUGCUGGAAACGCUGAUGCCACAAUAACAGUAUCUGUGGUGGGAUUAGUGAGCACCACCAGUACACCGCUUAAGACGGUCCCGGUCGACAACACCAGUCCACCCAUCGCCCUCACCAGCCUUCCCAGCUCCACUACCACCCCAUCCACCACCAUGCGAGCACUGACCACACCUCCACCCAUCCUGUUGAAGAAGACUGCCAACCAGCAGGUGGGAUCAGCCAAACCUGCCAGGAUCCUGCAGGGAGGUGGCGGUAAGAAGCUGGCCGCAGACGAGAAAAGCACCAAAAAGGAACCUUGGAAGUCCGUCAAGGACCUUAAGGUGGUCGAGGAGACGACAGACAGCGCCGUGCUGCUCUGGGUGGCCGACGGCUUGCCCAGCGACACCCCGCUCACGGUGGUUUACUCUGCUGACGAACAGGAAGACACCAAAAGAACCAUGGACACGGUGGCCAGUAGCGGGAAGGUCCUGCUGGAGGGCCUCACACCUGGACUGAGAUACUCCGUCUGCCUGGUGGCCAAGGGGAGCUCCGCGGGGAAAGACCCCUGCACAGAGUUCUACACCCUGGAAGUCCUCGACGACGAGGGGCAGAACAAGUUGUUGAUGAUCGUGAGUGGGAUGGCCUGCGCUGUGGCCUUGCCUGUCAUCAUCCUGCUGGUGUACAAGAUCCUGGCGCUCUACUGCAACAGGAACAACACGACCCUGGAGGACGACGAGCUGGAGAAAGAGAGCUACGUGAAGUUUGAGACGCUCACGCUGAAACAGAGAACCACACUCCCCAACGAACACUGGACGAGGAGAGAGACUCACGACUCAGAGAGGAUGCUGCUCUGCUCCAGGUCCAGCAUCGACUCUCAAAUGACCUACAAGAGCGACAGCUCCCGAUCGGAGUUUCUAUGCUGACAGACGUCAGGAUUAACAGCUGUGAGCAAGCAUCAACGGCUAUGCUAAGAGCUAAGAUACUCUGGAGAUCUUUCA